UGAUAAUCAUGGAUCUGAUAACCAUCGACAAUUCAACGCACUACUGGGAUGCAUAAGGCUCUACUUGUCCCCGAAGUUCUCCUGCAUAUCUUUAUGUGUGUGGAACAAAUCAGGGAACCAUCAUAUGCCAAGAAACCAUUGUCUCGACAAUCACUUGCAGCGCUUGCAACCACAUGCAAAACCUUCUACGAGCCUGCAAUGGAUUUUCUUUGGGCUGACAUGAAUAUGUUACUACCACUGCUAGGAUGUGUAACGAGGUUACAUCCGAUGAUAUACCCUAGAGCCCAGGUUAGUGCGGACGCUGUGUCCAUACGAGCUCAAUGUUAUUUUUUCGUCCGUUCGCUCACGGAACAUCACAGCAAUCCUGGUCUUGGGACAUCGAACCAUUAUCUCAGCUUGAACGCAGUCAAUUCCUCCGUCAUUCCUGCCGUGUGCGCUCUCUGAGCGUAUCAUCCGAUGACGAUUUUCACCUCCUUUAUGCUUUCCCCUUCGACACAUGUGCGUUCCCAAACCUGCUUUCAUUGUCCUGGAUGGUUAUCUCCACAAGAUACCUGCGCUUCUUCCUGUCCCCUACGCUGCGUAAUUGUUAUAUCGCAAUAGUUCAACCAGAACUAGCUCGGAAUUCUAUCGGGACCCGUUGUCCUGCUCUGGAAGGUUUGGAUAUAGACACAAUGGGGGUUAUGGCACAGGCUCCACAUCUGUCUGAAACCGUCCGUUCAUGCAGGGCGCUCGUACGUCUGCAAUGUCCACCGCUGGACUCGGCAGCAUUGAAGCACCUCUCCACUAUCCCCACCCUUCUCAGCCUGUCGAUAUAUCAAGAAAGCUUUUCGAACCCCCCGUCCAAAUUGGACACGCACAAUCUCAGUUUUGUAUCUUUCUUCAACGUUACGACUCUUCGUUUCUGUUAUGCACCAAUUUCAGACAUCACCGCAGUCAUACAGCAUUCAGAAUUCCCCUCGCUAAAAGAAUUCGAGUUAGUCGCCUCCGUUUUAAUUGGGGCAGAACUCCUGCCGCUUUUACAAGCACUAUCACAGUGCAAAGCAUGCCACACCCUUGAAAAAAUCGCCAUUUCCGACGACGAUCCAAAAGUUAAGGAGCCCGCAGACAUUUCAUUUGCAGUGACUAGAGUGCUUCUUUGUUUCACGCAGCUGCAAACCCUCAGUCUUUAUGUUUGUUGCUCCAUCAACCCUGACAACGCCCUUCUCUUGGAAGCCUUCUCAAGUUGGCCACAGCUCCGCAGUUUGUCGUUUCCCGACCCGCAUUAUCGACCACCUAAAGUCACCUUCCUCGGAUUAUUCGAAUCGCUUCGUCGGUGUCCCCACGUGCACACCCUGCAUCUAGAUGUAGAUGUUAUAAACAUUGAUAUCGAUCCUGAAGCCGAGUCAUUUCAACACACCUCCUUGAAAAGAAUGGGCAUAUGCACCUCUCCGGCAGCGGAUGCCGAAGCUGUCGCUCGCAUCAUUUUCGCCAACCUCCCUAAUGUUCACCUUGCGGACUCAUGGGGCGAUGUCAACACGCAUCUCAAAUCUCUCAGAGCUUCUUCCAGCUUGCAAGGUGAAGACGGUGACUGACACGAGUGAAGAGGCAUAAGAGGAGUAAACAAAGCGACGGUAUCAUUGAUUCGGUUGACCGUGGUGAGGACUGUAUGUACCGAUGAUGGCCACCGGGACAGCUUCGGUAAGUAGGCUAGUUUCAAUUUGUUCGUGAUGC